CAAAAUAAAUUUUAUAAAGUGUUUCAUAAGCGGAAAAUAUACAUAAUCAAAAACAAAAAAUGUUUGAUACCAAAUGGUUGCCUGCUGCGUGUGGUAGUUUAGCACCAGCUCUUAUACCACCCGCUCACAUAGUAAUACUCUGGUAUUUUUGGGAGAAUUAUGCGCGUUAUGUUGAUAAGCACUUUUGUACGUGUUCAUGCUGGGAUACAGUCUUUAAGGGACCCUACGAAUCUGGUGUGGCCUCCUACAAGCACAUGUAUUUCAAUGCCACACAGAAUACCUUUAAAAUGUGGCUGUUGACUGUUUUCGCCGUGAUUGCCUUGUAUGAAUGUAUAAAACGUUUGAUAGCGCUCAUAUUGCAGCAACGUUUACGCUACAGCAUGUUGGUUCUAUUUAGUCUAUCGAUAUUUUCACAUUAUUAUGCCUGGUGGGCGUAUAUGAACUAUUACAAUGAUGACUACUAUCAGCAAUGGAAUCAUCAAUUAUUUUUUACGGUAACCGAAAUCAUAUCAACUGUUAUGGUAAUGCAUUUAGCCGAUAGCACGAAUACUGUUACUACCAAAAAGAUAUUUUGCAUUGUGGGCAUUGCCAUUUUGCACAUUAUCGCCAGCAGUUUUGAUCAAUUCUUUUUCAAUGUCUUACGCGGUGAAGGAUAUGCCCAUCAAAUUGUACGUGAUAUAGGUUUUAUGGUGCCGGACAUCAUGCAAUUGGUUAUACCACUCUGGCUGUUGAAUCGUACGCGUAAAGAAUCUUAUAUAACAAGACCCUUCUACAAAGAUCGUAGUCUACAUAAAGAUAUUGUAGCCAUGAUGUUUUUUGUCAUCGCUCUCUUUGUGGUCUGCACAAUAUUGUGAGAUAAACUUUUCCAAUGGCUUAUCGACCAUAUGAAAAAUUUCAAAGGUGGAGAUGUAACACUACAACCUGGUGAUGAGGCUGUUGAUUAAAGUCCUAACAAACUGGAAAUCAUUGUUAUGGUGUUCCACAGAAACAUCAAUAUUUUUUUCUCUAUUAAAAUGUAUAUAUAAUAAUUACAACAACAUAAUUUUUUUACAAGCAUCAGAACAAAACGUGUGACAAAAUUCAUUGAAUA